AACAGGCGAAGAUGGCGCCACCGUGCGGCCGCGUGGUCCUCUUCCCGAUGCCGUACCCGGGCCACACCAUCCCCAUGUUCCACCUCGCCGCCGUGCUCCGCUCCCGUGGCUUCUCCAUCACCGUCCUCCACACCGAGCUCAGAGCGCCGGACCCGGCGGCGCAUCCGCCGGAGUACCGCUUCGUGGCCGUGGCCGACGGCACCCCGCCCGAGCUCGUGGUGUCCGAGGACGCCGCGGCGGUCCUGACUUCGCUCAACGAGACCUGCGCCGCGCCGUUCGCGGACCGGCUGGCCGCGCUGCUCGCCGAGGAGGGCGGCGUCCUGUGCGUAAUCGCCGACGUGAUGUGGUACGCGCCGGCGGCGGCGGCGCCAGAGCUCGGCGUGCCGCUGAUGCUGCUGAUGACGAGCAGCGCGUCGAGCUUCCGGACGUUCAUGGAGUACCCUCUUCUGCUUGAGAGGGGCUUCUUGCCUGUCGACGAUGCCCAAAAGGACACUCUAGUCGACAUUCUCCCCCCUUUCCGAGUGAAGGAUCUACAGCGCAUUGACACGACAAACCUCUACAGCUUCGCCAACGUGCUUGCCAAUGUAGUCGCCGCAGCGCGGCUGUCAUCAGGGCUCAUACUCAACACCUUCGACUUCAUCGAGGGUGACAACAUUUGCAGGAUCCGCGACGAGCUCUCCAUCCCUGUGUUUGCCAUUGGUCCACUCAACAAACUCAUACCACUCGUCGGAAGAAGCAGCUUUCUUCCCCCAGAUUGUGAUUGCCUGAGGUGGCUUGACACACAAGCCCCUAGCUCUGUGUUGUUCGUGAGCUUCGGCACCAUGGCCACCAUUGAUGCUCAGGAGUUUCUGGAGGUGGCAUGGGGCUUGGCUGGCACCAAGCUACCAUUUCUAUGGGUGGUUCGGCCAAGCCUUGUCCGUGGGUUACGGCUGCAUUCCAGUGAGCUCCCUAGUGAUUUGCAGGAAGAGAUCAAUGGUCGAGGCAGGAUAGUCUCUUGGGCACCGCAAGAAAAGGUACUAGGUCACCCUUCUGUCCGCGCAUUCAUGACGCAUAAUGGAUGGAACUCGACGAUAGAGAGUAUAUCUGAAGGCGUGCCGAUGAUAUGUAGGCCAUGUUUUGGAGAUCAGAUGGGAAAUGCGAGGUAUGUUUGUGCUGUUUGGAGGUUGGGUGUGGAGAUGGAGGUAGGGAGUGUUCUGCAGAGGGCAAAAGUUCAAACUGCUGUUGAGAAAUUAGUGAAUGGGGAGGAAGGUCAAAAUGUGAAACAGAGAAUGAGAAAUCUGAGGAUAGAAGCUGAAAAAUGUGUUAGUAAAGGAGGAUCAUCAGACACCGGUCUACGUAACUUAGUAGAUUCGAUAUUAUCUUUUGGAAAAUGUUGAUUAUCUGCACAGAUAUAACGUAGUCAUGUCUUCGACUAAUACUUGUAGCCUCUUUAAAUGCGGAUGGUAUUGAGAAGAUCAUUAAAUGUUGUAAUAUCUAGUUUUCAUCUACUACUAAUAACCAGGUUCAAAAAUUGCCGAA